UUUAUUCUGUAUUUCAUCUCUGAAACCGUACAAUGAAUAAACAUGAUGGAAUUGGUAGUUUUGAAUUGCUUGAAGAAGUGUCCGAAUUUGAUCUCAUGCUUUUACCUACCCAGGAUUUAGUGAAAAUUGAAACCGAGCCUGUCAUGUGUGAUGCUGCUGCCACCCGUCGAUUUUCGGCUCCAAUGUCCGAUUCGGAUUUACAAGAAAAAAUUCUUAAGGCUAUCCCUAAGAAGACUAAAAACAACAACAAGUGGGCUUUAGGAGUCUGGGUUGCUUGGACUUUAGAAAGAAAUUUGUGUAGAGAGACAUUUGCUGACGGUGUUGCUUCAAUACCCAGUGAUCCGAAUUGCCUUUCAAAUGAACUUUUAAACUAUUGGAUGGCACACUUUAUUCAAGAAUGUAGACGCAUGGAUAGCAGCCCUUAUCCACCCAACUCAUUGGUCCAGAUUGCAUCAGGCAUUCAAAGGUAUCUGAGAACAGACUGCAACAGAAAUGAUAUAAACCUAUUUCAAAAAGAUUCCGUUCCAUUUUCGUUUUUCCGAAAAUGCCUAGAUAGUAGGAUGAAAGAACUAAUAAAUAGUGGUAUUGGCACUGAUGUAAAAAGAGCAGACCCUAUAUUGAUAUCGGACGAGGAAACCAUGUGGGAUAGUGGGGUAUUCAAUUGUGACACGGCAACUGGCCUAACAAACAUUGUGUUUUUCUAUAAUUGCAAACUCUUUGGGUUUCGUGCUCUUGACGAACAUAAAGAACUUGACGCUAGUCAAUAUCGCAUUUCCGUUGAUACGAAUGGUAGAAAGUUACUGCAUUAUACCGGGAGGCUAUGCAAAAAUGUACAAGGUAGGCUUAACAAUAGAAAUAUUGAUGUUAAACGUAUAACGCAGAAAAGUGAUCCAACGAAUCCUAGAUGCCUAGUAAAGAUUUUUGAAAAUACUUAUCGUUAAUUCCACGUGAGGGUAGGUUUUACCGUAAGCCUCUACCCCAUAAAGCUUCAAAUGGAUCAAUCCGAUUCAGUGUGCAGCCUAUAGGAAUAAACACUUUAUCUUGUAAAAUGAAGGAAUUAUUCAAGGCUGCUGGAAUUUCUAUGACAGAUCGAAAUAUUUCUAAUCAUUCUGGAAAAGUCACAUGCUGUACUGCGCUCUUUAAUGCAGGAUUUACUGAUUCAACUGUUAAGUCCAGGAGUGGUCACC